GGGCUAGAAGCGCAACGGAAGCAAUCAAAUCGCAGUUCGUACUUACUCCGCGUCGCCAUCCGCAUCCGCAUCCGCUUUCCGUUUCUUCCAUUCAACCUCCACCCACCCAAGCCCCACAAAAUAAAAGCGCCUCAACGAGGAACCUCGCCCGUUCCUCCAAUCUCCUCCUCGCCGCCGCUCUCAAAUUCAUACCUCGCUCAUCCCGCCGCAGGUUGGGCAUGGCGCAUAUGUUUCCAAAUGAAGGCGCCUCGUCCAGCUCAACCUCUAUGAGCAGCCAGAAGAGUGAGACAGAUGAUGACAAGAUGAUUGCAAUGGUUCUUGAAGAAGAAUAUGCGAAGCUAGAUGGAGCAAUGGCCAAGCGCCUUACGAAUUUGACAUCUAUUCCUCAUGUUCCCCGGAUUAAUACAUACUUCCCCACAUAUAGUGAUGCCACCAUGGAUCAUCAUCGUCUUCAUGACAGGUUAAAUGCAUAUGGCUUGUUUGAAGUGAGGGUAUCAGGUGAUGGCAAUUGUCAGUUCCGUGCACUCUCAGACCAGCUAUAUCGAUCACCUGAGUAUCACAAGCAUGUUCGGAAAGAGAUAGUGAAGCAGCUCAAGGCGUGUAACUCUUUGUAUGAGGGGCAUGUCCCAAUGAAAUAUAAACACUAUUGCAAGAAGAUGAAAAAAUCUGGGGAAUGGGGAGACCAUGUCACAUUGCAAGCAGCUGCUGAUAAGUUUGCUGCGAAGAUAUGCCUUCUAACAUCUUUCAGAGAUACCUGUUUUGUAGAAAUUGUUCCACAGUAUCAGGCUCCACAGAGAGAGCUUUGGCUAAGUUUCUGGUCCGAAAUUCACUACAACUCACUAUAUGAUGCUCGAGAUCUCCCGAGCAAAUACAAGCCUAGAAAGAAGCACUGGUUGUUCUAGAUUCACAUGUUGCGUCAGGCUUGGAUUUUAUUACAUGGCCUUUUCAAUAUUGCCGGCUGGCCACAUCCUGAAGAGAGAGCGGACACUAUACCUCUGCUUUUCUCCACCGGAGGUCUGAGUCAUUGGAUUAUUGAAUGCGUUCUUGGUGCAGUUAUAAUCAGAUAUAGUUCGAUACUGAAGCCGAGGUUGCUUCCUUGUGCAUAGAUAUCUAUACUAACAUAUAGGUUGGUUGUAUACAUGUUCGUUCAUUGUUACAUUUUUAUGCGAAGUUACUAGGUGUUAUUCCAUUCACUUUGUUUAUGGGAAAGUCCAAGACUCGAUUUUGCACUGUCA